GAGCGAGACUCGGUGGGGGAUUUGAGCGAUCCUGCUCGAGACGUGUUGAGGUGGCUGGGGCUGGAACUGAACCUCGACCGACUCACAAACGUCUUUGAUUCCUUGUGGUUCGCGGGACGCCCAAUGCCACCACGUCCUCUCCAUUCUCAACUUAUUCUUGCUCGCGAGAUCAUGGUAACUGAGCAGAUGGAUCUACAUCUUGUAUGGGGUAGAGGUCGAAUCUUCAUGAAGCCGCUGCCACGCUAUCUGCUCGAGCCACGGUUUUGGGGAGAAUACCUCCCUCAUUCAACAGAGCAUGUAACUUCUAUACCUAGCCCUCCCUGCACUUGCGACCUCAUCCGCCGACGCGCUCUCGGAUUUCUCUUCUCAUAUGUGGCUCUUGUGGUACACGAAAGCGACUUCAGUAUCGCCAAGGCGAACAAUCUCCUUCCGCAAGAGGUGCAGUGGAAGUCAUGGAAGCUGCUAGUCCAAGAGCUCUUGCAUAAAGGGGAUGUCUAUCGAUGCAUCGAUAAGCGCUUCUAUUACGGAGAGCUUCGUCUCAGUCGGCUCAACAAGAUCUACUUCUUCUCGAAGACCCCUCUACACGGGUAUAUGCCCCGGUGGAAUCAGUAUGGCACCUUCCUCGGCGAUAACUUCACGAUACUGGCUAGCUCUACCGUCUACAUCGCUAUCGUUCUUACGGCUAUGCAGGUCGGCUUUGCGACGGAUCUUCAGAACAACCCGACGUUUAAGUCGGUUUCUUACAACUUUACAAUCUUUUCUAUUCUUGGCCCCCUAGUUGCUGCUAGCCUGCUCAUAGUCACAUUUGUCUACUUAUAUGUCUGGAACUGGAUAAUCACGAAGCGCGAAGGGAAGGAGAGGUUGAAACAGAUCGAUCCUUCUAGGCAGAGCGAUGGAGAGUAA